GCUGGGACUGUUGUACAAUCAUUAUAUAAACUCAAAGACCAUGACAAUACAGAAGGUGGAUAUUUUAUAUUUUCAGACAUUAGUGUUCGACUAGAAGGCUUCUAUCGUUUAAAAUUUACUUUAUAUGAAAUUGAAGGAAUUUAUGUAAAUCGACUCUGUUCUGUUAUUUCUGAUAUAUUUCAAGUUUAUUCACCGAAAAGCUUUCCAGGAAUGUCAGAAUCUACUUUACUUACAAGAUCAUUUUCAGAUCAAGGCGUUCGAAUAAGAAUUAGAAAAGAACCUAGAGUAUCUUCAUCAAAGUAA